GUUGUUUCUCAUCCAAAUGAUUUGGCUCACAGUGUGUCUGCUUGGGAUACAUUUCAGUAGAAGGCCCUCUAGUCUCUCAUGGAGAUGAUGUGGUUCACACUUAUCUUUCCUUUCUCAGCAUUUCUCCGAGAGCUUUGACCACUUCUCUGAGAACAUGGAGGACUUUUCCAAUGAACUGUUCAACAGCUUCUUUGAUGACCCCAUGCUGGUGGAAAAGAACCCUUUGCUGGACAUGGAUCUGGAUCCUCCCACUCCUGGCAUCCAGGCAGAGCACAGCUACUCCCUGAGUGGAGACUCUGCUCCACAGAGCCCUCUUAUGCCUGUCAAGACAGAAGAAAAUGCCAGUGAACUGGAAAAUGGUAUGUGGACACUCCAGCACAAGCUAUGUUCCAUCAUGGUGAAGCAGGAGCAGAACAUGGUGCCAGAAAUACCUGAAACUCAGCUGCCAACGCAUGCAGCUCCCAUGAUGAAUCUUAGCCCAUUGCAAAGGUUGCCAGCCCCCAAAGAGGCACCAAUAGAAAUGACUACCCAACCUGUAAUCAAAGCUGAACCUAGAGAAGUGAACCAAUUUUUAAAUGUGCCAACCGAUGACUUGGUGCAGAUGCCACCAACACCUCCCAGCAGCCAUGGCAGUGACAGUGAUGGAUCUCAGAGCCCAAGGUCCCUGCCUCCCUCCAGCCCAGCCCGCCCUACUGCUCGGUCUUCUACAGCAAUCUCUUCUUCUCCUCUCCUCACUGCACCACAUAAACUACAAGGGACUUCAGGGCCCCUGCUCCUAACUGAGGAGGAAAAGCGCACCCUGAUUGCUGAGGGCUACCCCAUCCCAACCAAGCUUCCUUUGACUAAAGCAGAAGAGAAAGCACUGAAGAGAGUAAGGCGAAAGAUCAAGAACAAGAUUUCUGCACAGGAGAGUCGCAGAAAGAAGAAAGAAUAUGUAGAGUGCUUGGAGAAAAAAGUUGAAACGUAUACAUCUGAGAAUAAUGAAUUGUGGAAAAAGGUGGAGACAUUAGAAAAUGCAAACAGGACACUUCUGCAGCAGUUACAAAAGCUACAAUCUCUGGUUGCAGGGAAGGUUUCCAGGCCAUACAAAAUGGCCUCUACACAGACAGGAACAUGCCUGAUGGUCCUGGUGCUGUGCUUUGUUCUGGUUUUGGGCUCCAUGAUGCCAUGUCUCCCAGAAUUCUCAACAUCAUCACAAACAGUAAAAGCAGCUCCGACGCCAGAUAUUUACACAACAAGUAAAAUCCAAUCACGGAGCCUGCUGUUCUAUGAUGAGCACGGGGGCUCCUUAGAGGAGACCUACAGCUCCUUCAUUUCUGUGGAGCAUCCUGAAGAGUGGGAAGCUGAAAAAAAUGGGGAGGAAGAGAAGCAGCCACAAGCGGACGUGCACAGUAGCCUGGCUGUGGCUCGUGAAACAGUCAAGUAUCUGAACAAAACCCAUCUCACAGGUCCAAAUCAGAAUCGGACCAGCUCAGCUCUUACUCAUUCCAAGGAAGGUUUCCAUGAGAGAGAUGGAACCUCCAGUGACACAGCUGAAUAUUUGUAGCAGCUGCAAAUUCUCCGGGCCUCUUCCAUCUGGAUGCAGGAUCCUUUUCUAGUGAUAUGACUGGCAUUGCAAUCCUUUGCAUGCUUACUUAGAAGUAAGCAUCAUUCUUAAUUCUAAGGAAGCAUGACUAGGAUUGCAAGAUUUGGGGGAGUGGGUUGCAUUACAGGUCUAAACUAACAGACUCAUAAAUACAACCUGGUGGGAAUUAUUUCUGAGUAAAAUGAGCAGGCUUGCACUGUGGAAGGAGAUGCCCCACCUAGACAUCUCCAAGCUGGCCUUGAGUUUAACCUCUUAUUCACUCAUACGUAGGCCCUGGUAUCAAUACUGAUCUUUCUGUCAGGUUUCACAACAUUUUCCAUAAUCAGGGAUAGCACCUCAACCCUCUAAUGUAUUCCCACUUGUGAUUCCCAUAGCCACUGGUUAUGCUUUUCCCUGGACUGAAGUCUAUCACACAAGUGCAUCAUUCCCAAAUCAUUUUUGUUUCUAUGUCAGCAAAAACAUUCCUGUUCAGCUACUGAUUAGUUCAGUUUUUUACAUAAUUGUAUACUUUACAAUUAAAUAUCCAAAUAAGAGGAUAUUUCAAAAUGAUACUUUUUGCUGAUCAAAUAUGACAUUACCACAUGACCAUGUCACAUUUAUGUCCAGAUAAGAAAAAAAAAAUAAUCUUCUAAAAAGUGUUUCUCAUGAAUAGAAAUCAUAAUCAAUAAAAACAGUCUUUUUAUCUGAUGAUUGGAACCACAGUCUGAAGAUUUACUUCUGAAUAAGGAGCUUUUCAAAAAUGCAAUGCAAUCUUUGAUAUUUGUUAAGUGUUUUUUUUUUAAUUUUGGCUUUUCUUUCAAAUAGUCUAAUAGCAGCCCAUUUUAAUGAGUUCCUUCUUUAUCUUACACUGUUCCCUUUAAAAGAUGAGAUUGCCAUCUGGACCAGUCUCGACUAAGAAAUUUUGUUUGACCAUGUCUAAAAAUGUUCCUCCUCAACCAAAGAUAGUGGGCAUCUCAAUGCCUCCCAUCCCCACAGUAUACAUAUAUAUAUGCAUUUGGAACAAAUAGAUCAGCAUAGUUCAACAAUGAUUUCCAUUUCAAUAGUCAACAUACAGAAAAUUUCCCCAGCAAUUCUUCAUUAAAGUCCACUGGGACAAACACUACAACUUUCUAGGUACCCACUUCUUCAAAAAUCUGAAACCAGCAUAAAGAACCACUUCUCAACAAGUGUGUGUAUCUUUGACAUCCUUGUCAUUAGUCAUAACUUCUGAGAAUUGUCCACAUGUGCCUCAAAUUCAUAUUGUUGUACAGAGACCAAAAGCAGAAAUUGUUUGUACAUAAUGAAUUUUAUUUUGUAUUAUUGCCAACUCUUAAGAUAAUGUAUUUUGGAGAUCCUUAAGUCCUAUUUUCUGUAUUGUAUUUUAUUAAGAGUUAUUGCGGGCUUUGCCUCUGUGGAUUUACUCUCUUUGCAACGUACUGUUUCCAUUCAGUCUAGCAGCUGAUGUUUGCCCUGUUUGUUUCUAAUAUAUCACUCUUUCCUUCUUCUCUUGGCUCUGCAGUCGCUUUCAAGCAGCAAAAUUAA